AUGCAUGGAGCCAACAGUACCAAUCUGACAGCAAGAUACUUCAUUCUCAGUGGGAUUCCCGGGUUGGAAGCUGCACACAUCUGGAUCUCCCUGCCAUUCUGCUUCAUGUACAUCAUUGCUGUCAUGGGGAACUGUGGGCUCAUCUACCUCAUAAGCCAUGAGGAAGCCCUGCACCAGCCCAUGCACUACUUCCUAGCCUUGCUGUUACUUACAGAUGUUAGUGGGUGUACUUCAUUUGUCCCUAAUAUGCUUUGUAUCUUUUGGCUUAGCUUCAAAGAGAUUGACUUUAAUGCCUGUCUUGUGCAUAUGUUUUUCAUCCACAUGCUGACAGACAUGGAAUCUGGGGUGCCCAUGCUUAUGGCCCUGGAUCACUAUGUGGCCAUUUGCUACCCUCUACGCUAUUCCACCAUCCUCACCAACACCACAAUUACUAAGGUUGGGCUUGCCACCUUCUCUUGAAAUGUAUUAGUCAUGAUCCCAUUUACUUUCAUGAUCAAGCAUCCUUACUGCCGAGGUAACAUCAUUCACCAUACCUACUGUGACCAUAUGUCUGUGGCCAAAUUAUCCUGUGGCAACACCAAGAUUAAUGCUAUCUAUGGUCUCAUAGCUGCCAUAUUGAUUGGGGGGGUUGAUAUGUUCUGUAUCUCCAUGUCUUACACCAUGAUUAUUCUUACUGUGGCCAAUCUGUCAUCUGUUGAUGCUCGACAUAAAGCCUUCAGCACAUGUACAUCACACAUAUGUGCUAUUGUCAUCACCUAUAUCCCAGCCUUCUUCAAUUUUUUCACUCACCGCUUUGGGGGACACACCAUACCUCACCAUAUCCACAUUUUAAUAGCCAAUCUCUACUUGUUGUUGCCUCCCACUUUGAAUCCAAUUAUCUAUGGAGUGAAGACCAAGCAGAUCUGCAAAGAAGUUAUCAAGCUGUUUUUUAUAGAGAAAGAUAUUUUGAGUGUGAGAUAA